UCGCUCUAGCCCGCCUAGGGAGCGGUGAGACGUCGUGGCUCUCUUCUAGGCUGCGGGAGGACGCGGAGGGCGCCUCGCUGGUAGUCGGCCAUGGGUACGCUUCAUAAAGCACUGGUCGCGGUUGCAGUUUUAGGCGCUGGUGCUGGCGUGGGCUGCACUCUGUUUGCUCUUGUGGUCCCAGGAGAAGUACAGAAGCAGGCAAUGCUGCAGGAGAUUCCGGAACGGGACCCGCGGCGCAGGGACGAAGCUGUCAGAACCAAGGAAGUAGUGAUGGCCACUCUGAAGAAAGCGGUGUCCACGGAGGAGAACGUGACCUGGAGGAAGAACUGGUUUUCCGAAGUUAGCGGAGGCAGCAGGUCAGCGUGACAUCAGGGCUUGCCGGUGGACGCCGGGACCUGCGAGGCUGUUUGCGCGCCGGAUUCAGGAUAACACACGACUCUACCAGGCACAGGGAGCGGCGGUCGGCGAAUGCUUUUAACGUGCGCAUCGCGUGACAGGGCCGAGACGGCCGGACGUGUGGAACCAAAGGAACUAAUAAAUCCACGUCAUACGUUAAGUAGACUCGGCAGCUGGAUAUCUAAGGCCUAGAGAGUUGUGCGGGUCCGCACGGUGGGCGCAGAAGACAGGAGUAACCGACUGCCACUCCCCCUGGAGAGUUCUAAGUCCAAUAGGUUUUCCCGAAGAGUGUGAACAACAGAUCACGUGAUCUAAGUUGGCUUCGGAAACUGGCUGUAAAAGACAUCCUAAAGUCUGUUUUUUUGUGUCUUGUUAUGUGCCUGAAAAAUGAAAGUGAAAAAAGAGUUCUCUAUUUCCA